AUGAAUUAAUCAGUUUUCGAAAAGUCACAUGUAUUAAAGAGUAUUAGCGAUGCUGAUAAACUAUAAUUCUAUAAUAGUACAAGAUUAUGGCAUACCAAAUUUAAUUAUUAACUAUUUGAUACUGAAGAACUCAAAAGUGUUCAUUUCGAAGACAAUAAAAAGUUUAUCACGAUUAUCAAGUCUAUUUAAAAUUUUAAUAAAGAAGUAAUCAUCAAUUUAUACUUCUUUUAGAUAUAAGCAUCAUUAAAAUAAGGUAAAACAAUUACAAAUAUGCCUACUCGUUAUAAUUUUUACUAAAAUAUUGUAAAUUUAUUAAGAGAAGCAGCAGUAGCAAAAGGGAGAGAUGCUUAAUUAAUCUUUUUAGAAAAGGUUUACGGAUUUUUCAUAUAAAAUAAUAGAGAUGUAAUGAAAACAUAAGAAAAGGAAAUAUGUAAUAAAAGUGAUGAUACAAGAUUUAUAAUAUAAGAUUAAAGUAAUUAAUUACCUAGUAAUUAAAUUGAUGAAUAACUUAUGGAUUAUAAUGAGAAGAGAAGAACAAUGCAUAAACAUUAUGAUGCACCAUAAUUAAGGUAUAUGGAGUUAUUGACAAUUAUAGAUUAAAAUUAUAUAAAAGAAGACAAUUUAAUUAAUUGAAUAACAUAAUCCCUCAGAUUUAAGCUAAAAGUACAUUUCCUAAAAUUGUCUCAUAGCCUUAAAAAGAAUAGGAAGAUAAUUUAUAAUAAAGUUAAGAAUAAACAGAAGGGGAGAUUGUUAUUGAUGGAGAUCUAUUAGGAAAUGAAGAUGAAGAAAAGAAAAAAGUCAAUGUUAAUAUGGUACCUAAGAUUAAAGUAUUUUAAAAAGAUGACAUUAAUUUAGAAUAUAAAGAUUUAAAUUAAAAUUUUGAAAGUAGAUAAAAUUAUUAAUCAUAUUAACCAUCAAAUUAAGAGAUUGAAUUAAAUCUAUAAAAUAGAUGGAUAUCAUAUAGACAAAAAGAAGCAGCAGAAAAAAAAAUGGAUGAAGAGAUUGUUAAUUCAAUGAAUAUAUGGUCUAAAAAUAAAGCAAGAAUAGAAAAAGAAAUGGAUCGUAGAAUUGAUUCAUAACAUUAUGGUAGUAGAUAUUCAGAAAUAGAUAAAAGAAGAGCUAAAUCUAUUGGAUUACCACAUUAAUAAGAUACAAAAGUAGUCAAUCUUAAUCCUUUACCUACAAUUAUAUAAUCAUAAAAUAGAUAAUGUGAUUCAGCUAUUGAUACUUCCAAUUUAGAAAGUAAAGCAUCUGCAUAAAGAGUUGUUAAUGCAAGAAGAGCAUAUAAAGAUUUAUUGAAUCUAAGUGCUGCUGAUGUAUAGUCUGAUGAACAACCAUCAUCAUUAUCUAUUUAUGCAACUAAACUUAGAUCAAAUUCACUUCAUAAUAAAUUCUCUCAAUUAUUAUAAAAAAACAGUCCAGCAAGAAUGAAUGAAUUGAAUUUAUAAGAAGUAUUAGAUAUCAAAAAUAGAUUCGCAAAACAUAAAAUUCCUAUUUAAAUUAAUUCGCUCUUAUCUGGUAUUAUGGUACCAACAUUUUAAGAAGACUUUAAUAAUAAACUUAUGGAUAUUGGCUAAUCUAUGUUAGUUGAUCCAUUUGAAGAGAAAAAGGGGAAAAAAAAAAAGAAAAAAAAGGAAUGA